AUGUCCAAAGUGAUAACUACCAAAUCAACUGUUCAAAAUGAACAAGACGAUGAUCGCUACACCAAAACUGUAAUAUUCUUAGAUGAGAGUGAAAAGGAGGUUUUCAUACCGUUCCCAUUAGAGACUACCUCUACUUCACGACUGUUAAAUGAUAAGUUACGUCAUACCACACCUCCACCACAGACCCCCAUCAAGUGGCCACUACAGUCUUUACCAACAACCUCAACACCGCGUCAGGACUCAGCGAAAGAACGGAAAUCGAUCUCACCCGUGCAAAAGAACGCCCAAGAUAGCAAUGCAAGCGACUCUUCGCCAUCAAACCACAUCUCUGCAUGCACCAAAGAUACUUCUGCAGCAAGCAGUCCAGAACCAACUGAACUGGAUGAGACAUUCAGGAACGCAACUAUGUCGCAAUUGGGUCAGGAAAUGGUCAAGCUUUUACACGACACGGGCUUUGUAAGUGCAGAGUCUACAAUGACAAACCCAAGAAAAAGAAGGCGAGAUGACGAAGACGCGGAGGAGUUUAAAUAUCCCGAAUCGAGGACUUAUAAUUGUGAAUUAGAAUUUGAUAUAACAACCGACAACAAACCAUACAAAGACAAAAAUGACAAAAAUGACGAGGAUGACGAGGAUGACGAGGAUGACAAUGAUGAUGAUGGCGACGGAUCCCGUGAAGAGGAAGAGGAGAGCAUUGAAAUCACAAAUGCAAGCAAAUUCACAGUCUCUCUACAACUCAUCUAUGUAUUCAAACCAGAAAUUGAUCUAACAAGCAUACCUAUAAAUUUGUACAUCACAAAAUCAGAAUUAAUCAAGCAUUUGAUGGAUAAGUUGGUUCUCCGACAUAGUGAAGAUCCUGGAACAGAUUUGUACUCGGUUGAAUCCAAGAUUAAGAAAUUGUUGAACUUGAAAAGAGUUCGAUGCUGGAUCAAUGGCUAUGAGUUGGAUUUAUAG